ACAAAGCCCAUAAGAUUCUCCGUCUUCUGCUCAGUGUUGUCCACCGAGCCAAAUGGCUUUCUGCGCUUCUGCUCCGUCCUUCUGCAGUCUCAUCGGUGCCCAUCGGUGGACGUCGCCGUCCAAGGCUUCACCACGUCAAUGCUUCCGACCACAUAUCCGGUGUGCUGCGCAGAUUCCUCCUCGGCGAUCGGCUAAUUACCAGCCAAGUUUGUGGAGUGACGAAUACAUCCAAUCGCUAAGAAAUGACACCAAGGUGGAGGAGGAUAACUCAACAAGGAUGGGAAAACUGACAGAGGACGUGAAACAACUGAUCUACAUGAAGAAGGAAAUUGAGGAGCAGCUUCAACUGAUCGAUCACCUGCAGCAGCUUGGGGUGGCGUAUCACUUUAAGGAGGAUAUUAAGGAUGCUUUAGGGACUAUAUACGGUUCCGUGGAAAAGGUGAACAUGUUGCUGAAGGAUAAUCUUCAUGCCACGGCUCUUAUGUUCAGGCUUCUCAGAGAACAUGGGUUUGCUGUUUCUGAAGGUGUAUUCUACCGAUUUAUGGAUGAGAAGGGAAACUUGAAAGUCAGCCUUCGCCACCAGACUGAAGGAUUGGUGAGCUUGUACGAGGCUUCCCAUCUUGCAAAGGAAGGAGAGCACGUGCUGGAAGAAGCUACGAACUUCACAACUAAACAACUCAAGAGCCUCAUGGAGGGAUCACUUGAGCCUCAUCUCAGGGAGCACGUAGCCCAUGCCUUGGAGCUUCCAUUGAACUGCAGGAUGCCGAGGUUACAGACCAGGUGGUUCAUAGAAGCAUCACAAAGGGAAGCGAAGAUGAACCCUGUCCUACUUGAAUUGGCUAAGUUGGACUUCAACAGGGUUCAGAUCAUAUAUCAGAGGGAACUCAGAGAAGUGUCGAGGUGGUGGAACAAUCUUGGCCUGGCGCAGAGGCUUCCAUUUUCAAGGGACAGGUUGGUGGAGAACUAUUUCUGGACUGUUGGCUGGGUUUUUGAGCCACAGUUUGGUAGAUGCAGGGAGUUGCACACGAAGGCAAACUGCUUUAUAGUAACAUUAGAUGAUGUGUAUGAUAUUUACGGCACCAUGGAUGAGCUCGAGCUCUUCACGGAUGCUGUCGAUAGAUGGGAUGUUAAUGCAAUGGACAAACUUCCAGAGUAUAUGAGGAUAUGUUUUCUAGCCCUCUUCAACACUACAAAUGACAUCGCAUACAAUGUUCAGAAAGAGAAGGGACUGGACAUAAUUCCACACCUAAAAAAAGCAUGGGCAGAUCUAUUGAAGACAUUCACGGUGGAAGCGAGGUGGUACCACCAAGGCUACACACCCAAUCUUGGAGAGUACUUGGAGAACGCACUGGUAUCGGUAUCAGUUCCCCUAAUACUGACUCUUGCUUAUUGCACCAGUGACGAUUUAACUCAGGAGGCCUUGGAUGAUUUCCAAAGCUGCCCUGAGUUUGCAAGAUGGCCGUCCAUGAUUUUUCGACUUUGUGAUGAUUUGGGUACUUCCACGGACGAGCUUGAAAGAGGCGAUGUAUCCAAAUCUAUCCAGUGCUACAUGCAUGAAACCGGUGUAUCGGAGGACGCGGCUCGUAGGCAUAUCAGGGGAUUAAUCAAGGGGAAUUGGAGAGCAAUAAACGGAGAUCGAAGUUUCACUUCGCGUUUUGAGGAAAACCUGAAAAUGAUGGCCAUCAAUAUCCCUCGAAUGGCCCAAUGCAUGUACCAGUACGGAGACGGACUCGGUAAACCCGGCCAAGUAACGAACGACCGCAUCAGGUCUUUAUUAAUUGAACCUAUACCGCUGUAACAAUUUAAUUAUGGAUAAUAUAGAGAAACUGUACUCGAAAUUAGUCUCGUCAUGAAUUGUUCGAGUCUUCGAUUAGGUUUCUUUGGGUGUGAUAAGUCAAUUGAUGGUGUGAUUCUAGUGUGUCGGUUGUCAUAAUUGUUCUGUAUCGUCGCUUUAUAUUAGAAAAACUGUGUUUUAUGAAACUUCAAAGAAAAAAAAAAGCAUAAAUGAUAUUUUAUUUUAU